AUGAACGCGGUAGCCCACGAACAGGACUCGGGUCCUCGACAACAGGUUUUCAACUGCAACCAUGCUGAUUGUGGGGCGACGUUCAAACGGGAGUGGCGUUUGAAAGAGCACGAGACCGUGCACACAGGAGCGCAACCUUUUCAAUGCGAAGUGGCUGAUUGUGGCCGUCGUUUCUCACGGAAAUCUCACCUGAGCCGCCACGCACUUUGCCACACCGGCGUGAAAAAAUUCAGAUGUACAUUUGUGAGUUGCACAAAUGCUUUCUUCAACGCGGACAAGUUGAAGAGACACGUCCAUUAUGCCCACGGAGAAAAGGACAAGUACUUUAAGUGCAAUUUCCCAAAUUGCUUAUUGACAUUCAAGAAACGGAGGGUGUAUAAAUUACAUUUGAAGGAGCAUGGAAUAUCUUCUAGUUUCAAAUGUUCAAAGAGAGGAUGUGGAGUCAGGUUUGACACGCAUGUCGCUCGCAAAGCCCAUGAGAAGAAACAUGCAGGGUACCGUUGCCCACAGCCUGAAUGCAAUCAUUUUGAGCAAACCUGGGGUAAAAUGCACAAGCACAUGGCCAAACACCCAGCCACAUUCACCUGUAAGCUGUGCCAGAAGGUGUUUAAGCAUGUGGACUCUCUGCGUAGACACAAGCGGACCCACGCCCUGCAGAAGCCUGUCCUGCUGUGCCCCAGCAGUGGCUGCAAGGCCUACUUCUCCACUACAUUCAACCUGCAGCACCACAUCCGGAAGGUCCACCUGCAGCUCCUCAAGUACCAUUGCUACUUCCCCGACUGCCAAAGGACCUUUGCCAUGCGGGAGAGCCUUAACAGACACCUGGCUCACCACGACCCAGAUGCCAACCCUGAGAAGCAGAAGUGCAAGCGACCCAAGAAGGACUGGCAGAGGCGUCUGGAAGGCCACCACCAGCUGCCCCUGGUGGAGGAUGACCUGCGGCGCCUCUUCGCCUUGCGCAUGAGGGUGUCCCGACGGGCCAAGGUGGAGGUUAACCUCUCCGGCCUCUUCAACGAGCGCAAGAUCCCUCACUUUGUGGAAUCGGAGGUCAACCUGUGUAACCUCUUCAGUAUCAAGCCUCACUCCUCCGUCCCUGCAGAGCGAGGCCCUGUGGAGGUCACCCAGCCAGAGGUCACUGGUCAAGGGUUAAAGGUCAAAUCAUAG